CACAAUGCUGGUUUCUUUUCUUGAUGCAAGCCGAUUUAUCAGCCUCCCCGGUCAACAAAACCAUCACUCCAAGAAACAGAAACAAAGACAUCUUAAAAUGUUGUGUCAAACUCUGAAGAUAAAGCCUUACCUAUUCAUAUUUAUAUGAAUUUCCCAAUCUCCUGCGAGACUGAAGAAGAGAAAUUGGCCCAAUUCUCUAUGGAAGCUAAGGGGUACCCCAGCUGACCCUGGCGAUUCGUCAGCAUUCAGUGACAACGAACAUGCAGAAUCCUGCUCAUUGAAUUCACUUUAGCCAACUGCCCACAGCCUGGAUUGUCACAUCCACAAGACUGAUUUGGAGAAAACUUCCCUUUGCCCACCCUUUAAAAGUGUUGAUGAAUUGACUAGAACAUUAGAAACCAAAAGAAAAUUGAAUAAUAAAAAAAAAGAAAUCUCAGUAAAUCAGAAAUUGAGGUUGUCAAAUGAUAACAAGGUAAACCUUGCUUUCCUGGGUACCUUCUAAGAACUAAUGUAAAUUGCCACCACAAAAAGAAGCCAUGAAUAGCACGUGUGUUGAAGAGCAACAUGAACUAGAUCACUACUUGUUCCCAAUUGUUUACACAUUUGUGAUUAUAGUUGGCAUUCCUGCCAAUAUUGGGUCUCUCGGUGUGUCUUUCCUGCAGGCAAAGAAGGCAAAUGAACUAGGAAUUUACCUCUUCAGUUUAUCACUGUCAGAUUUGCUCUAUGCAUUAACUCUGCCUCUGUGGAUUGAUUAUACUUGGAAUAAAGACAACUGGACUUUCUCCCCUGCCCUGUGCAAAGGCAGUGCCUUUUUGAUGUACUUGAAUUUUUACAGCAGCACGGCUUUCCUCACCUGCAUCGCCAUCGAUCGUUACUUAGCAGUCGUCUACCCUCUGAAGUUUACUUUUCUACGGACAAGAAGGUUCGCCUUCAUGGUCAGCCUGUCUGUCUGGAUAUUAGAGUCCAUCUUUAAUGCAGUCAUUUUAUGGAAAGAUGAGACAACUGUUGAAUAUUGCGAUGCCGAGAAGUCUAACUUCACUUUAUGUUAUGACAAAUAUCCACUGGAGAAGUGGCAGAUCAACCUCAACCUGUUCAGGACAUGCACGGGGUAUGUAAUACCUUUGGCUACCAUCAUGGUUUGCAACCAGAAAGUCUACCAAGCUGUGCGGCACAAUCAAGCCACAGAAAACAGUGAAAAAGUAAGAAUCAUAAAACUGCUCAUUAGCAUCACACUGACCUUUGUCCUGUGCUUUACUCCCUUUCAUGUGAUGGUGCUGAUUCGCUGCAUUUUGGAACGGGAAGUGAAUUUUGAUGACCACAAGUCUGGAAAGCAGACUUUUACAAUGUACAGAAUCACUGUAGCAUUAACUAGUUUAAACUGUGUUGCUGAUCCAAUCCUGUACUGUUUUGUCACAGAGACAGGAAGAUCAGAUAUGUGGAAUAUAUUAAAGUCCUGUGCUUGUAGACAUAGUAGAGCACAAAGACAAAGGAAACACAUGCUUUCUACAUCUACAAGAGAUACCAUGCAAUUAGAAGUCCUAGAAUAGAAUAAAGGGUUUUGAGGGGUGGGAAAGAUUAAGGGUGCGUGGUGUGAUGUAAUCAAAAUCCCAUUUUGAAAAGGAUUAGGUGUUCUAUGCCAAUGUUUCAGUCUUGUUCAAUGGAAAUAUUUGUAAUGUAUAUUGUACAGUUACUUCUUUCACUUAUUAAUGAGGUAUGUGAAGCAAAACUUAGUAUUUUCUUAGUGGCUUUGAAUCAGUGCCAUUAAUGUUAUCCAUCAUUGAAUCUGUGGUACAGUUCUUCAGAGCUAAUAAGCUGUAUAGGAUUGUUCAUUUUUAAAUCAGUAGCAUCUCUGGUUUUAUGAUGUUUCUUGCUUUCUCUUUAUGGUUAGCUUCUGUAUUUCAGGUUGUCACCUAUCAGUUCUAUCACUGAUAUUUAUCUGUGUCCAGAAACCUGAGUUACUAAAUACUGCUUCUAAGAUUAUCAUUCACUAAUGUUUAUUGAACCUACUCCUCAUACAAAGGGUUGCUUUAACAACAGGGUUUACAAAAGGCAUUGUCUGUGGUACCUUCAUGAAGUUUCCAUUCAUUCAGAACCUUUGCCACCAAGCUUGGGAGAUUUCUAUAUAAGAUGAAAAAGUGAAUAAGCUCUGAGCUUUGUUUGGAUUUUAAAUUAUAGUUGAGUAUAUGAAAGUUGAAAUUAUCAGACUUAUAUUCAGAUAAAUAGUGAUAGCAAAAUUUAUAUUCAGAGGUUUCAUUUCAAACGUAGAGAAGUUGGGAAGUAUAAGUAUACUAUUUGUUUCUUCAUUGUAGAAAUUGUCCAGCCUCAUUAAGUAGGAACCAGAUAAACAUUUUUCUUAAGAUUUUUAUCCUAAUCUUUCCUCUUUUUCCUUCCAUCUCACCUCUUUCUUAUCCUUUAACUCCUCCACAAAUGAUCAGAUAACAAAUAUCUUGAUGCUGACUGUUGUGCUCCUGAGAACCCUGAUAAGAAGAAACAUUAAUAUCCUUUCACUAGUGAAAAAUCAGUUCAUGAAUAAAUGAUAGUAAUUUUCCACUUAGGUCUUCUGGGACAAUGUGUAUACAAUAAAAAGCCACCUUGCUUUGGUGCAUUCUUUAUUCUUCA